AUUUUGCGAUGUUUAAGUUUUUGUUUUUAUAUUUCAGGGUGUAUAUCGAACGGCGGACUUUCGGCGGAUUAUAUAGUUAUUAAUCAUUCAAAAUCAUGCCUUCAUUAUCAUCGACUUCGUGUAUAGUUUCCAAUGUUUCUACCAUGUUCCCGUGAAUUGCUUCUGCGUACAUCGACAUACUUAUAGAAGCAUGUGAAUAAUUUGUUGGGGCUAAGCCAUGACACAGCAGUACAGCCUCCAUGUAAUGGUUUUUUCCAGAAAAAAAAAAGAUAAUUUCAAAAAAGCAUGGCGUACCAGAGUGGAAAAGGAAUCCGAAAGUGAAGAAUUUCAACUACCAUCCAAACCGAAACAGACAUUAUUUGAUUUGACAGAUAGUAGUAGUGAUGAAGGAUUUGGUGCAUUACAAGUACAAAAUAAUAAACAAUGUAAGACAUACUCAGAUUUAAAGACAGUUGAGACAACUCCAUUACAUUCACAACAAUCAAUAAUUUGAUCUACCUACCGCACGUCAAUCAAUUUCAACGUAUCAGCCUUCUGAUAAAUUGACUACAGAACAUCAACCUCCUAUUAUUCUUGAUUUACAGGGGGAAAAAGAGACGAACACUUGAUAUUGCCUCUGAACGAUUCGGUCAGCUUGACAUUGGACUGCGAUCAGAUGCAUACCAAAACAUCUAUUAUUGCUGGACCGUUUAUAACUGAAGAUUGUGUUUGGCUGAAUGGGCAGAUUAUGUCCAUUGAAAGAAAUGAACGGCUGAAAAAGUGCUUUGAUCUAAUAAGAAAUUUAAUUAAAAUACAAAAAGGUGAAAACAGUCAAGAGGUAAAAUGGAAAAUAAGGGUAUGUUCUGAAAAUAAUUUCCCUACUGCAGCAGGAUUAGCUUCAUCAGCAGCUGGUUAUGCAUGUCUUGUAUACACAUUAGCUAAUGCUUUUGGCUUGGUUAAUGGAGAUUUACCAUCCAUAGCAAGACAAGGUAGUGGAAGUGCCUGUAGGAGUAUUUAUGGAGGAUUUGUUCAGUGGACAGCUGGUGUUGAUGACCAGGGUUAUGAUUCAACUGCAGUUCAAAUUGCUGCAGAUACACACUGGCCGGAAAUGAGAAUUAUCAUACUAGUGGUAAAUGAUUCUAAAAAAAAAACAAGCAGUACAGUAGGAAUGAAACAAGCAGUAAAAACUAGUGAAUUACUGAAAUACAGAAUUCAAAAGUGUGUACCCGAAAGAACAAAAGAAAUCAUUCAAGCCAUAACAGAUAAAAAUUUUGAAAAAUUUGCCGAAAUUACAAUGCGAGACAGUAACCAAUUUCAUGCUAUUUGCUUGGAUACAUAUCCUCCUUGUGUUUAUUUAAAUCAAGUGUCACAUGAAAUAAUAUCUUUUGUUCAUGAUUACAAUGAAGCUACUGGUCAAAUUAAAGUUUCAUAUACAUUCUAUGCUGGUCCAAAUGCUUUUUUAUUUAUUCAGCAAAUUGACCUGAGUUUGUUUAUGUCAGAAUUGGUUAAUGUUUUCCCAACCAUGCAGCCCAAUUCUUCAUAUUUAAGAGGAAUCGUAUCAACACUUCCUAAUAAUGUAAAACCAUAUGGUUUUAAAUCCAAAGAUAAGGACCUUUUAAAAUAUAUCAUGGUCACUAAAUUAGGAAAUGGUCCAAAAUGCGUUGAUGACCAUUUAUUAAACAGUGAUGGUACUCUGAAAUCAAAAAUUGAGUCAACCAAUUGAAUUUACAAUUUUUAACUGAUCAAGACAUUUUCUAGAUCUUUAAAUAUAUUAUUAUACAUUUUUCUAAGGGAAUAUUUAUUGAUGUUGCUAAGUAUGAAACUAUAGAUUUUAAAUUUUUAUACAUAGUUAUUAUAUAAUUUAUCGGUUUAUUAUUGCAGUCAAAAAUGUACAUUUAUGAUGUAU